AUGAUCUUAACCGCCGAUCCCACGGUCCACCAUCCCACCACCAUCCGCUCCUCCGCCCCGAUCUCUCAAUCCGCUGCGCACGACUUCCUCGCCGCUUAUCUUGAUCGCGCAUCUACCGAUCCUGCUCUGCAGCCGAGCGCCAGGAUCAGCGCACAUGGUCCUAUUUCGCGCAGCACGGCCAGAACCCCCGGUCUCGUGCUACAUAAUUUGAAGCGCGUGCAGGCAGGCCUUGCCGGGGAAGUUCUGGGUCGGGAUCUGAGUUUAAUGACAGACGGAGUAGUGGAGGGAGAUGUGCAACCUGUCGUCGGUGAGAAUGGGGACUGGGAAGAGGCAAAGAAGUUCGAACAGUCAAUGAAUGCGGACGAUCAGGAGGAGGGCCAGAUGGACGUCGAUCCUGUCGAACAGGAGCAGGAUGGAGACGCUCCCGCAGGUGUCGAUAAGGAGGAGCGAAAGCGCAAGAAGAAGGAACGCAGACUCGCGGAGAAAAGGGCAAAGGCGAAGACAGAGGCUUAA